AUGUUUUAUGCUCCGUGGUGUGCUCAUUGCAAAAGACUUGAGCCUAUUUGGAAUCACGUAGCUCAAUCUUUGCAUAGUACAAAUAUAAGAGUUGGAAGAUUAGAUUGUACAAGGUUUACCAAUACUGCAUUAGAAUUUGGAGUUACUGGCUAUCCCACCAUGAUUUUCAUAAAACAAGAUUUAGAAUUUACAUUUAAAGGUGAUAGAACAAGAGAAGAAAUGGUAAAUUUUGCUUUAAGACUUUCAGGACCUCCAGUUCAAAAAAUAACAAAAUCUGAAAGCAUUAGUCAUUUAAAAGCUGUCAAAAAUUUAUUUUUUGUUUAUGUAGGAGAAAUAGAAGGACCUGUUUGGGAAACUUAUUACAAUGUGGCUGAAAGAUUUCAACCCUAUGGUUUUUUCUAUUGUGUAUCUCGACAUUUGACAAAACCUCAUUUCAGCGUAAAAACAGAACCUGCUAUACUUGUAUAUAAAGAAAAUACUAUUUAUUUUUAUGAAGGUGAGUUUGUUUAUCAUGAAAAUGAAAAUUUCAAUUCUUCUCUUCACACUUGGGUUAACGAAGAAAGAUUUUUAACUUUUCCAAAAAUAACAAAAGGAAAUUUAGAUCAAUUUUUUCAAAUAAAUAAAUAUCUUGUGUUGGUUGUUUUGGAGGAAAACAAACUUGAAGAAAUUCCAGCUGAUAUGCUUGAGUUUCGUGAUAUGGUUGAAUCCGUUAUAAGAUCGCAUCGUAUGAGAUAUCAUAAACAUUUUCAAUUCGGUUGGGUCGGAAGUCCUGAUCUUGCUAAUUCCAUAGCAAUGGACAUUUUACCUUUACCACAUUUAAUUGUUGUUAAUUCAACGACUCAACAUCAUCAUUUUCCACAGGAUGAACCUUCGCGUUUAACGACUCAAGCAUUGAUCAUGUUUUUGGAUCAAGUACACAAUCAAUCAGCUCCAGUUUUCGGAGGUAACACUUUGUGCGUACGUUUGUACAGGUUGUAUUUCGAAGCGAAAACUUCUCUUAUGGACAUGUGGCAAGGAAAUCCUGUACUUACUUCUGUUUUAUUCGGACUUCCUCUUGGUUUUCUUAGUUUGAUUUGUUAUUCGAUAUGUUGUUCGGAUAUCAUGGAUGCAGACGAUGAAGAAGAAGAGGAAUUUUUUCACGAGAAGAAGGAAUAA